AUCGGGUGAGUGUGUGAGAGGCGGGAGAUUCACUCACUGCCCCUCAACCCCCCCCUCACCCACCACCACCCGGAGUAGCGAGUCCCCGGGUGAGGAAGAUGGCAGAGAGGCCAGAGGAUUUAAAUUUGCCGAACGCAGUCGUUACCCGGAUCAUCAAAGAAGCGCUCCCAGAAGGAGUGAACGUCUCAAAGGAAGCUCGCAGCGCAAUAUCCCGAGCAGCCAGUGUCUUCGUUCUCUAUGCAACCUCCUGUGCCAAUAACUUUGCAAUGAAGAGCAAGAGGAAAACACUGAAUGCCACUGAUGUGCUCGCAGCAAUGGAAGAGAUGGAGUUUGAACGAUUCAUAACUCCUCUAAAGGAUGCUUUGGAAGCCUUCAAGCGAGACCAGAAAGGAAAGAAGGAAGCUUCUGAACUUCGUAAGAGGGAUAAGAAGUCAGAAAACGAAGAACCAGACAAGAGCAGGGAAGAGGAAACUGAGGAAGACAAUGAAGGGAAAGUUGUGGAAGAUGAUGAUCCAAAGGAACUGGAGAAUGAGGAAGAGGAUGUGGAGAACUGAAGCACCUGACAAAUAUCACCCGGCGACUUAAGUCGUGGUCCCAUGGAUUGUUCAAGCCCACCUCAUAGCUUGUUACUUCACUGGUUCUGUACCAAUGUAUAGUUUGAAGGUAAAACCUUUUCUAUUUUGUUAAAUCUUUCUGAUCAUUUUGUAAAAAAAAAUUAAGUUUUUAACAUUUUCAAAAGGACAAAUAAAACAUUUUUAAAUUC